UCUUCUUCACUCACUCACACACACCCGCCAGCACCCGAGCGUCGCACCUCACUCCUCACACACGUUCAUUCAUCAUCCCUGUGUAGCCAAAGCCCACCCAUGUGUAACAAGGUUUUACUGCAGAAAUUAAGUGUGGGCCAAGACACAUUCCCAUACCACAAAGAGUACGGAUUAACGGAAGGUUAUAGUGACUCCGUCGUGCUGUGGAGCUUGUAGGAGUUACAGAGGUACUCUCCAGAGAUUCCUGCACCAUCUCUACAAGGGGUUUUGCACGGUAUUGCUACUCACAGUACUGGCCAAAGACAUAUUUUGCAGUGUCAGAAAUGCAACACUCAUUAUAAUCUUUGGGAAACCCACUUCAUUUUCGAGUCCGGAUCUCUUAUGCAUUAUAUCUCUUAGAUAAUUAGUAUCUGCGUCAUAAUAUAAACUUAUUAACAAAUAAAGACCGAGCAGCCUUGUGAGUAAACAAGAACCAGCAGCAGCAUCUUGUGCGACCAAGUGUGAUAAUUUCCACUUAAAGAGUUUCACCUUCAAGGCGGAAGGAAUUCCUAUAAUUGGUGUAGAUGCUUCCGACACUAUAACAGUGUCCUUUGUGAGUGUUAAGGUCGCAGUUGAUCAUCGCGCGUGACAGGUAUAUAUAUAAACGGCUCACCUGAAGGCAGAAAGCAGUUCCAUCCUGAGGAGAAAAGUGUGGCCCACAGCCCAGUUCACUUGCUCAACGUCUUCAGUAGCCUAACAGAAAUUCAAAGAAUCACAAAGACGAAUCACGACGGUUACUGGGACAAAUUAGCUACGGCACAUUACCCAGUUUUCAGAAAACUUGAAAAGCUAACUCAGUGUGGCGAACGGAGGUUGUUGUCUAGUCCUGUGUGGCAGUGGAGGAAUGGCACCGACGCCUACCAUGGAGCCAAGCGACGGCCAGGAGGAGUGGCAGCGCAUGGCCCGCGAGCAUCCCGUCAUGAGGAUGACCAGGAAUGACAAGGAAGUGGGUAUGGAUUAUGUCAACACUCCUCAUGUUGUGGCGAUGGUUGGCUUGCCUGCCCGUGGCAAGACCUACAUUGCCAUGAAGUUGGCACGAUAUCUCAACUGGGUUGGCCUUCCCACUAAAGUAUUCAAUGUUGGUGAUUACCGACGACAAGCUGUGGGCAACUAUCGGGGUCACGACUUCUUCCAUCCCAGGAACAGAGAGGGAACCAAUGUCAGAAACAAAUGUGCACUUGAUGCUCUCCAGGAUGUGUGCGAGUUCCUCCAGUCAGGAGGAAUGGUGGCUGUGUAUGAUGCAACAAACUCGAAUGAAGAGCGUCGUCAGUUGAUCCAUCAUGUUAUCUGUGAGCGUAUGGGCUACAAACUCUUCUUCAUCGAGUCAAUAUGCAAUGAUCCAAAUAUAAUUGAAACAAAUAUUAUGGAGUGUAAGGUGACAAACCCAGACUACACUAACAUGGAGAAGGAGGAUGCCGUGAAAGACUUCCUCAAGCGUAUUGAGCACUACCGCACUAUGUAUGAGCCACUCGAUGAAGACAAGGAGAGUCAGUACAGCUUCAUGAAGAUAUUUGAUGCAGGCCGACGAGUCGUGGUGCACAAGCAGGAAGGCCACAUAGAGAGCCGCAUUGCUUACUACCUCAUGAACAUACACAUCACACCACGAUCCAUAUAUCUUACUAGGCACGGUGAAUCGGUUUACAACCAGUUGGGCCGCAUUGGAGGUGACACAGAUCUGUCUCACCGGGGAAGACAGUAUGCAAAUGCCCUAGCCAAGUUCAUUUCUAACCAAAACAUCCCUAGUCUUCGUGUUUGGACGUCAUGCAUGAAGAGAACAAUCCAGACAGCAUCUGGCAUCAUUGCCCCCCAGGAAAGAUGGAAAGCUCUUAAUGAAAUUGACGCUGGCAUUUGUGAAGGCUCCACAUACGAGGAGAUCCAAGAACAGUACCCAGAUGAGUUUGCAGCUCGUGAUCAAAACAAAUACUCCUACAGAUACCCGCGGGGUGAAUCAUAUGAGGAUGUGCUGGUUCGCCUGGAGAGUGUUAUAAUGGAGCUGGAACGACAGGAGAAUGUGCUGGUUGUGGGCCAUCAAGCAGUUCUCAGAUGUGUUUUGGCCUACUUCCUUGACAAGAGUGCUGCUGAGCUUCCCUACCUGAAGGUGCCUCUGCACACAAUAAUCAAGCUCGUACCACAGGCAUAUGGCUGCAAAGUGGAGUUCUUCAAGAUUCCUAUUGACUGUGUGGAUACGCAUCGAGCUAAACCUGUUGACUGCAGCAUUGGAAGGAAUCCCAAGGAUGCUCUCGUCACUGUUCCUUCCCACUACUGAGCUCCACAUCACUGCUGACAUUGACGCAAAACAUCAACAGCUGCUCAACUAUCCAAAAAUGCAUUGCUUGUGAUUCUGCCUGUUCUCUCGAUUUGCUGUCAAAGAAUAUAACUAGUUCACCCAACCAGAAAUGUACGAACCCUAGCAACCCACCAGACCUAACGUGGCCGAUGCACAGAAAACUUUAAAAUUAUUUUGCUUUAAUUUUUUUCCUAAUACGUUGCAUUUUUGACAGAUUGGUCGCUUCUGUCAAAAAUACAACAUAUUAAGUGAGAGAACAGGUUGAUCACAAUAUUUUCUUAAGGGGUCACUAGGUGGUGGAACAAAAUACAAAGCUCUAUUGCUCUGAUCUUUUAGUGCCAGUUUUAUGGAGAGGCUGAAGCCCCUUACUUGAAGCUAUAGACCCCACUAGAUUAGAUUUCAAAAGUCUUAGCCAAUUUUUUAGCUCCCCAAAAUUUGAUAGAGCUGCUGCAGGUGGUCUUGUCUUGAAUGUAUGAAAUAUUUAUUGAUAAUAUUGAAAACAAUAUUAAAAUAGAUACCAUAUCUCAAAAGCAUAAUUUUCAGUUACUAUAACAGUUCCCACCAAUUGACAGUGGGAAAUGGGAUAGAGAUAACCAUAGUAAAAUGAUGAAAUAUCCAUGGUUUCUGUGUGUAGAAACUAAACUUUAAUAAGUAAAUUGUUGCUUAAUUAUUAAAACAAAAGAUGCAAAUGCAAGUUAAAAAUUACAUAGUUACAGUAUUUGCCGGUGUAAAAGACUCACUCUCACAUAGGACACACCUAUUUUACAAGGAUAUUUUGUGGAAAAAACUUUUAGCAUGUUUCAUCAUACAUGUAUUGAAAUAUAUUUUAAAGUGGAUUUUGUACCCCUGCUCCUACCUCCUCUAAGAACAGCUGUAUAGUUGUUUAUAUUUUGGGCAAGAGAUUGAUAAACAGGAUGUGAAACUUGUAUUUCUGGAUGUGAUGUUUUGUGUUGCCGCAUCAGGCCACCAGGGUAGCGCUCCCCGUGCUGGUGCACCAUCAAAGCGUUCUAGAUUUGUUGUCAUUCAUUCAUUGCAAAUGCCUGACAGGCUGAUGAAAGUUUAACAUUCCUUUAAAAUUUCUAGGAGCAUUUUUCAUUUAGAUAAUGAAUAAAUGUUUCUUAAAGUUGUUGUUUUAGGUUCAGCUACUUGGAAGAAAAGUUUCAAGUAGCACGGGCUACGGUGAGCCCGUAGUGGCUUAGCUAUGACCUGGCACAGGAGCAGGGCUGUAACUCAUGGGUUCUGGAUUCUUAAAGGUAACAUGGUCGUUAAAUAAUAUAUGACAUAUGUCAGGUGUGGGUUAUGUAUGCUGGGUAAGGUGGUGAGAUGAUGUGAGCUUCUUGCAUAACUGCCGACGUUUCCUAAGUUUGUACUGUAAUAACAGACUGCGAUAACUCAGCUUGUUUUCAAUAUGUUAUUAUUAGUAACACAAUUUACUGUAAUAAUUUGGCUUGUUUUCAAUACUUUUAUUAUUAGCAAAGAUUUUUGUGCCUAGCGAACUUGCCCAGUAUGCUCGUCUGGCUCCCUAGCCUACGGCGCUCAGUCUCCCAUCCGUAAUAUGGCUGCAUUAAAUGCAGGACAAUUUUUUUAUACAUUUAAAAAUAAAAAGUGUGUCUUGUAUGCCGGCAAAUACUGUAACUGAAAUGUAUAGAACUGCACUUCAAGCAGUUUAUUACAUGUGAGCAUGCAUGUGUGUGUGCACGCACGCAUGCACACACACACACACACACAUACACACACACACACACACACACACACACACACACAUACACAUACACAUACAUAUACAUAUACAUAUAUAUACUGUAUGUGCACAGUCUGCAUCAUCUGUGAUGAAUAGGUGUCAUCUUGCACACCUGUGAUGUACCAAUGAGAAAAUUUUGUAGCUGGUCAAUGGGAUUGAACACGUUUUCCUGGACUUGUGCGUGUCUCUGAGGAGGUUCAGGAAUAUGGGUUCAGUCCUAUCAUACACAAUCAUCUUGUUGCAUUUGAGUACAAUAGAUACUAAUGACACUGUUCACCAGACUGUGUACAUGUAUUUUUUUGCUUUCAAGUACAGUACAUAUUAAUUUAUUCAUCUGUUUGAGAAAGAAUUAAGAAAAUGUGUAAAAUAGCUAUUUUUGUAGGUACUUUAGGGAUACAGUACUGUAAAAUGGACCUGAGAGUACAGUAUAUGAAAAUCUAAAGUCAAUAUGACUUGAGAAAUGGAGUACAAAUAAAGUAAUUAGGGUUUCUUUGUUUAACAUAUUUAAGUAUGGUAUAAUGAAUAGAGUUGACUGUUAAGGAAGAGGCUUGUAAAUUAUUUGUGUGUUAUUGAUGAGGCCCUAUUUCUAGGUUUGAUAAAAGGGCCAAGAGGCCCUAUUUCUAACUUAACAUAAUGUAUAGUUUGACUUUGGAAGCAGACUCAUGGCUCUGGAAAAAAAAAGUUUUGAUUAUAAUCAAACAUGCAAGUUUAUGAAAUACAAAAAAAAAGACUGCUCUUCCAUCUGGAGACAAUUAGAAUAAACAACAUUUGUUGUGUGAUUGCAGAGUUUAUAAAAUCUAGUAAUGAGCAUAAUCUUGUUGGCGUAUCAAACAGCUCAUAGUACAUUAAUGUAUAUACGUAGUUGUUUAGUAGGAAAGCAUAGGUGGUGUUAGAAUUUAGGUGGCACAAUUGCUUCAUAGAAAAGGGUGACAGUUUGUUUUCUAACGUGUUUCAACCACACAUAUUUCCCGUGGUCUUCUUUGCAUCGUGAAAUAAUAUACAGUACUGCAUUGACAAACUGUAUUUUAUGACAUAUAUUUUAGAAUAGCUUUUCCUUGGUUAUUAAUAUGUUUGGUUUGUCUUUACUCUCUGUUGAUAGUCUUGAGCUUUAUAUUUUCCUUCAGAUGCAUUUGUCAUAUAUAAUAAUGCAGUAAAUGACUUUACCUACGAAAGAAGUGCUUUUGGUAUAUUAUAUUAGAAGUUAGAUUACUUCUAGAAUCUAGCAAAUUCUGCAGGUAUGAUUUCAUAUUGUGUACCUCUAGUUAAAAUACACAAUCUUUUUAAAUAAUAAUUAGAAUGAUAACAAUCAUAUUAUUGGUCUGCACUGAAUAACUCUUGAGUUCUAUAUGCCCAAAUUUGAUCAUUAUAAUAAUAAUCUUCCAAGUUGCUUACACUGAAUUUUGUUGUACAAUAAAUGUGUUUAUAAAUGCACAUACAAUACAGUACAGUACCUGAAUGUAUAGGAGCUGUAUACCACACCGUACUGUACAGAUAAUUCUUCAAGAUUCUGAAUUCCACAAUUGCUUUAUGCAGAUUCUAAAUUUCCUAUAACAUAUUUGGUGUCUGUUGCAUAGAUGCAUAACUUUCGUAGCACAGUACUGUAAUAUUAGUUAAAAAAAAAUGACAUCUGAAGGACAAAAUCUUACGUAAGCAUUUAUUAGGCUGCCCGUAACAAUAAAUUAGUUAAUGUGAAUGAGAUUCGGGUAAAAAUUCCUGGUGAACUCUGCAUGUUUAGAAUCGUAUACAUUGUAUUUACUUUUAGCCUACACCAUAUGAAUUUUGAGAAAUUGAGAAAGCAGGCAAAAGUGUAUGGUAAAAAAGCUCACUUCACCUACAGUUCUGUAAUUCAUAAAGAAGACACUGACUACAGUGUUCUUAAGAACAUUAAUGUGUUAUUUGGUUGUGUGUUGUAUCAUAUUUUACAGAUAUACUUUCAUUUCAAACACUCUGUGAUUUGUUGAUGUUUGAAAAAUUGUUUUUUGGAAAUACUGUUGGAGAACAUGAAGAAUCACAAAAUUAUUUCUUUUUCCUGCUUAUUCAAUACUGUAUCUUAAUUUAAGAGUUGGGUUGCACUUAUUUUUUUAAAGCAAAUUAAUUGUGGUUGAAGAACUCCAGUUUACUGUUAAAUAUGUUUAACAGUUACUUAGGGGAAAUUUUCUUCACAGAAAGAGUACAGAAUAGCCUCAAGCAAGCAGUCUUUUAAAAAUGUUGAAUUAAAUCACUUUAUUUAAUGUACAUAUUUGUGUAAUUCUCAUCGGAGCAACAGUAUCUACUAAUGAUUAUUUUAUGCUCACAGGUAUUGUACAAUACCGCAGUGCAAAGAGAUACAUACUGCUGAGAUGUAAAAUAGGUAGGCCUACAUGUGUGAAUAAUAUGAACUUGAUGCACUAAAUUAUUAUUGCUUGUCCACUGCAUCAUUUUCAAAAUAUAAUAGUGCCAUUAAAUGUGCUUCCACCUUUUGACAAAGGAAACAGUCAUAUUUUUUUGAAGGGCUUAACUUUGUAUUCCCACCAUGGCACUUGCAGCAUGCAGGAGUUCCCACCUCUUGGUGGGCUGUGUGUGUGCAUAGACAUGUCGUUUAUGGCAAAAACGUAAAUAAUUUUUCCCCAACCAAGAACUUUUACUAUUAGGUUUAAGAAGUGGAGAUGAAUGAGUAACAUAGUCUUUUAAACAAUGACAAAACUACACUUUUUCCUAGCUACUAGGUUUUGUGUAAUUAGCAUAAUACAUGUAUUUAUUUGUUAAUUUUUAUUCAAAACUUUUACCAUUUAUGCUUGAAUCUUUAAGCAACUGUAAUUUUUGUAUUUCAGUUUUUAUACUGAAAAUAUAACCAGUAAAAUUUA